AUGGGCAACGUGACUGGGAGGCAGGUUCCCGGCCCGGCGAGCGACAUGCCGCUGCGUGGACGUCAUCGACAGGAAGCCAACGCGACUGCGAGCACGACUCGCGCCCCGGCGAGCGAGAUGGCUCCAUCUGGACGUCAUCAACAAGUAGCCAAGGACAGCACGCAUCGUGCCCCAGCGAGCGAUAAUCGAAAAGCAACCAAGGCGACUCCGAGCACGGCUCGCGCCCCUGCGAGCGAUGCGGCACUGGCUGGACAGCAAGAAACCAACGCGACUGCGAGCACGACUCGCGCCCAGGCGAGUGAAAUGGCGCCGUCUGGACGUCAUCAACAAGUAGCCAAGGAAAGCACGCCUCGUGUCCGAGCGAGCGAUACGCCAGAGCGCAGGCGCCAUCAAAACGCGACGACUCUGAGCACGGCUCGUGCCCCAGCGAGCGAUGCGGCACUGCCUGCAGCUCAACGAGAAGCCGUUGCAGUUGAAGAACCGAUGCCACGCCUCUUCUCGACAACCAUCAACCGGCUGCGUGUUCUAUGUGGGCAUCGUCGAGAAGAUGAAGCCAAGGUGAAUACGAGCACCACUCGCGCCCCGGCAAGCGAUGCGGCACGCUCUGAACAAGAAGCCCCCCCCGCGAUUGCGACCACGACUCGCGGUCAAGCAAGCGACAUGGCGCUGUCUGGACAUGAACAAGAAGCCCACGCGACUUCGAGCACGGCUCGUGCCCCAGCAGGCGACACGGCGCUGCCUGGGCAUCGGCAAGAUCAUGCGACUUCGAGCACGACUCGGGCCCCAGCGAGCGACACGUUGCUUCCUGGAGAUCGACGGGAAGCCAAAUUCGCAGAAGCGAUGGCACUCCUUCGGAUUUGCGGGAAGAAAAAGAAAGCGGUGCGACUCCUUCAAGAAUAUAAAGAAGAAGUCGACCGGGAGCUCUCCGGGGCGAUGGUCGCGAGGUUAAACAAUCCAGGUCAUGAUGCCGUGGACCUCGAUCAACCAAUCUUCAAUUUGGAGAAGCUGAAAGAAGUGACAGCGAACGUGAUGGAUGAUUCGCUGAACGAGUGGAUCGCGAGGGUGAACGAAUGGGGAGACAAAACGGGUGGCAGCAGAGCGGGUGGCGGUAUCACUCCGCAAGCAGUGUUGCCGCGGCUGUUUUGGGAAUGCUCCGACGAGGUCGAAACGCGUUACCGCGUCGUCGAGGACGUUCUGCGAGUGGUGGACAAAAUGAAGAUGCACGAAAACAUGUGCAACCACCACAAGGAUCUAUUUCACCUGAUGCCAAGGGAGGACUGCAACGUGGCCAUCCAACGUAUCCUCCGGGGGGUUCGUAGCUAUCUUGCCGAUCACUCCUUUGACCCCGACGACAUUCAGUGGCUUGUCACUGGCAGCGGUCUAGAUUCGGUGGCGCUCCAGUACAUGGUGGUUAUGGCUAACGUGCGCCUACAAUACCCCCCGGUCACCUUCAGCACCACAGACUGUGGCAAGGUACAGCAGUUCGACCCUGAACUUCACUCCGACGUGGGCGGCGGGGGCGUUCGCCCGGGGCAAGAGUGCACCAUUGUGUUUCCCGCCAUCAUGACGGGCGAGAAGAGGUGCACAGUCGGCUAUACGCUGACCAACAUAGAAGCGAUGGAACCGCGAGCGGACGCGUCUGCACACUUCAAUGGGACACCGAGAGGCGAGUCCUACUCAGAACAGGACUACCCCGGCGAAGAUGGAAGCUAUUAUAGAUACUACUGAAGAGUGUUUCAGUCCUUGCACGAGAUGGAGCUCAUUGAG